UUUUUUUUUUUGUAUCUCUCUAUCUCUUACCGCCAUCUUUAAAUAAAAUAAUCUUUUAUAUCCAACUUAUUAUUAUCACUCUAUAUCACUAGUUUAUUUUUUUUUGUCUAACUGUGGAAUUAAUUUGUCACAUAUGACUCAAGUUCAGAUUCCUUUUCUACAUUCACCGUUUAAAAAGACAGAUGAUAUUGACUGGACUCGACCUUUGAAACGAUAUAUUUCUCAAGUAUAUCAACAAAAUCCAGAAAACUAUAAUGAAGAAACCUAUACUAUUCAUCGUUUACGUCAAGAUAUUCGUGGUGCUGGAAAAGAUCUUACUGGACGUGAUUUGUUAUAUAGAUACUUUGGACAAUUGGAACUACUGGACCUGAGAUUCCCUGUAGAUGAAAAACAUGUCAAAGUCUUAUUUACUUGGUAUGAUGCUUUUAGUGGUCGUAGUACAUCUCAAUAUUCGCUCGCCUUUGAAAAAGCAAGUGUCAUCUUCAAUAUUGCAGCAACAUUAUCUGCCAUUGCCGCGUCUCAGAAUAGGGCAGAAGCUGAUGGACGCAAACGAGCCUUCAACUUUUUUCAAGCAUCUGCAGGUCUUUACCAAUAUAUUAACGACAACUUUUUACAUGCACCGUCUCAAGAUUUACAUAAGGACACAAUUAAGCUUUUAAUGGAUAUCAUGCUGGUUCAAGCUCAAGAAUGUUUUUUGGAAAACAGUCUCCGGGAAAAGAAGAAGGAUAGUUUGGUAGCUAAACUCGCUAGUCAUACAGUAUGGGUCUAUGGAAACCUUAUUGAUCAAAUCAACGAUGCUAUUGCUCGUGGUGUGAGCAUUGACAAAUCAUGGCUUCUCUUGUGUCAAUGUAAACAAAAGUAUUAUCAAUCCUCAGCUCAACUCUAUCGUGCUAAUGCUUGUCUGACAGAAAAUCAGUAUGGUGAACAAGUCUCUCGUUUAAAAUGGGCUGAAAAGUUGGCAAAAGAAGGACAGAAACUGGCAUUACAAUUACCACAACAACCACAACAACAACAACAACACGCACUUUGGAAUAAUUCAGCAGCUGCUUUUAUAGGUUUGUCUUCAGUUGGUGGUAGUGUUAGCAAUGGAAAUGGUCCUCAAAGUUUCGCUAACCAUUCAUCAUCAUCCUCAGUAGGCUCAACACCCUUUCCUCAUGAUGGUGGCUCCUCUUUGAAUGAUCUCUGUACAACCAUGGCUGCUCUCUGUUCUGAAAAAUUAACAACUGCUGAACGUGACAACGAUAUGAUAUAUCAUGAUCAAGUACCUCAAGAAUCUGUUUUAGUACCAAUUGAUCGACUCAAAGCCGUCAAGGCGGUUCCUAUUAGUGAUUUGUAUGGCAGUGUGGAUGCCAGCCGUGUUAUUGGUCCUGAUAUUUUUAAUCGUUUGAUUCCUUUAUCUGUACAUGAAAGUGCAUCCUUAUACUCUGAAGAAAAGGCCUCUCUGGUUCGACGUGAAAUGGAACGAUGUGAUUUUGCAAAAGCGGAAUUGACAACCUCGAUGGAUUAUAUGAAACUUCCCAGUGCUUUGGACAAAUUCAAAAGACCAUAUCAUAGCACCAAUGACAAUAAUGAUAGCGCACUUUGGGAUAGAUUUGGUACACCAUCCGCGGAAGUGAAAAAAUGGGCUACCGAUAUUCAAUCAGCAGAAUCAAGCAAAGAUGAUGCCGUACAAUAUCUUUUGGAUUGUUUACAACAUUUGGCAAGCAACAGCAAAUCAAAAUUGGAUCAAUUAUCACUUGAGCUUGAUGCAGAAAUGGGAGCCUGUGAAAAUAUGCGGGUUAAAUAUGGUGACGAUUGGACCCAGGUACCUUCCGGUACUUUAUCAAAAGAUUAUCGACAAGACAUUCGCAAUCAUCGUGAAACAUUACUCAACGCUGAACUAUCAGAUUCCCAGGUGAUACAAAAGUGGGAUGCUAUUGCCAAGGACAUUACCAUUUUGAAACAAGGUCCGUCAGGUACCUCUUUGGAUGCGUUGUUCAGUGAUACAUUAACUCGUUUUUUGGAUGAUACAACAACAACAACUACUACUACUACUUCGAUGAUGGACUUGCAAAUUGAUGUUGGAUUAGGGAACAAGAGUAUGGAACAAAAAGUUGCUCGUGUGGAAGCCGUUUUAGACAAGCUUUACAAGUUACAAAAAGAUCGUGAAAGUACCCUUGAAGAUAUGAAAGAAAAGACUCUGAAAGAUGAUAUCGUACAACUUCUUAUACUUAACAAGAAAAAUAGUAAUGCGGAACAACAUAUCUUUACAACUCAACUCGAAAAAUACCAAUCACAUCAACAACGUAUUUCAGCCUCCAUUCAUCAACAGGAACAAGCUAUACAGGAAUUAGGAACGGCUUUCAAAGCAUUGAUGGGCAUGGAAGAAGCACAGAAACUUCAAUCUCAGUGGGACAAUGCUGAAAGACAAUAUAUUUCUGUCAUCAAACAAUUGAAUGCAGCCUAUGUUGGGUACAGUGAAGUUAAAGAUGGACUCAGGAACGGCAUCGAUUUUUAUACCAAUAUCUCCGAGGUGGUGGAUUCACUUUUAAAAAGCGUACAAGUAUUUAUUCGUGAACGCACAGAAGAACGUGAAGCACUUGCCGAUACCAUCGAACGCCAACGUAGCACUACUGAGCAAUUACUCUUGAAGGAUAGACUUGGACAAUACAGCUCACAACAACAAGAUACUGGAUUGAAAGCCACAACAUCAGCAACGGAAGCGACAGAGGAAGAUUCUGAUGACUAUAUACGGGAACAAUUGGAACGGAAAAUGAAAGAAUUGUCUACUCAGUCCCAACCAGUACCACCUAUUGAUACAUCAAGAUUAUCAUCAUCAACAGGAGCUAGUCACUACAACUAUAAUCCGCCUUCAACAAGUCAACAACAACAACAACCAAUACCUUCCUAUCCACCAACAACCUAUAUCAAUCAUGAUACACCUCUACCCCAACAACAACAACAACAACAACAACAACAACAACAACAACAACAACAACAACAACAACAACAACAACAACAACAACAACAACAACAACAACAACAACAACAACAUUAUCACAUACCAGCUUAUUCAACAGCAAGUUAUACCGUCAGUGGAUCACCUCUAGCACCACCACAACAACAACAGCAACCUAUACCGACAUAUUCAUCUAUUGCUCAUACCAGUAACAUUCUGCCUUUAGCUCAACAACAACAUCAACAACAACAGGUAUUGACGUAUUCUAAUAAUACAUCUCCAUCAGCUCAGCAAUCUUUUCAUCAAACAAGUCCUGGGAAUAUGACGCCUCUACCUAGCUCUCAUCAACGCCAGUUGUCAUACGAUCAAUACCCUUCACUCUCACCAGUUUCAUCACUUUCUUCGUCACAAGCUCCAUCCAUAUCAUCAUCAUCAACAAUGUUUCAACAACCAGCAGUAAACGUGAUGCCAUCCUUACCACCUGGACCGCAACAUUCUUCAUUAGGUCAACAUCCAGUGAUUGGUCAAUAUACUUCUUCAUAUCAUCAGCAGCAACCGACACAGAAACCCAUGUUACCUCCCAAACCACAAGAAGUACAAGGAGCAAUGUUACCUUUGACAUCUCCUUCAUUACCAUCAUCUCCAGCUUAUACAACAGCAACCCAAUAUGGAUAUCCUGGUGUAUAUGGUCAGCAACAGCAGCAACAAUCUCAAGUAUCUAACUCAGGAACUUCAAUGGCAACAAUGCGUUAUCAACAGCCAAUAUCCGGGACAUAUCAUCCAACCUAUAUACAAACAACAGGGUCAUUGGCAUCGUCUCAAGGAAACUAUAUGAAUCAAGUGCCACAGCAGCAGCCACCACCCAAUGAAACUAACUGGAACCAACCUCAGCCACCCCAGCAAUAUUGGUCACCCCUGGAACCACAACCAUACCAAGCCAACAAUAGUAACAACAAUCAACCAUCAUUAAUGGAUUAAUUUAGUUUAGUUAGUAUUAGUUUGUUCAAAGUGGAAAAAAAAAUGUUUUUUUUUUUUUAGUCAAUAAAGAUGUACGGUGACAACAUGAUGAUGUGAUGAUGAAAU